AUUGGCGACAUCGCAGACCACAGACUUAAUAUAAGGCGACAGAUGGCGAGCAUAAACAACCAGAAGCCAAUUAACUCAUCCCUCAGCUCUCCCAUAAUCCGCCCCCCUACCAACCACAAUGGCCCUCGCACAAACCUUACAACAUGCCUCCUACAAAGCAAUUCAAUGCAUCGACAUGCACACCACCGGCGAGCCCACUCGCAUAAUCUACUCCGGCUUCCCCCUUCCCCGAGGCCAAACCCUCCUCGACAAACGCGACCAAGCGCAGACCGAGAUACGACCACAUCCGCAAGCGGCCCGGAGCUCAUGCUCGAGCCCCGCGGCCACGACGACAUGUACGGAGCCAUGAUCAUCCCUGAAACUGAGCUCGUUGAGUCCGGCGCAGCGCCUAUCAGAGUUCUAUUCACCCAUAACGGAGGAUUUUAAACCAUUUGCGGACAUGCCACGCUCGCACUGGUG